AUGCCCGCCGCCGCGCCCCGCCGGCUCGCCGCCGCCGCGCCCGCCGGCAAGGCCAAGCUCACGCACCCCGGCAAGGCCAUCCUGGCAGGAGGCCUCGCGGGAGGCAUCGAGAUCUGCAUUACAUUCCCCACGGAGUACGUGAAGACACAGCUGCAGCUGGAUGAAAAAGCAAACCCGCCUCGCUACAAGGGCAUCGGCGACUGCGUGAAGCAGACUGUCCGUGACCAUGGCGUUCGCGGGCUGUACCGGGGGCUCAGCUCGCUGGUGUACGGCUCCAUCCCGAAGGCCGCCGUGAGGUUCGGCAUGUUUGAGUUCCUCAGCAACCAGAUGAGAGACGAGCAGGGCAAGCUGGACAGCACGCGGGGCCUCGUCUGCGGGCUGGGCGCCGGCGUGGCCGAGGCUGUGGUGGUGGUGUGUCCCAUGGAGACCAUAAAGGUGAAGUUUAUCCAUGAUCAGUGCUCUCCUCAGCCCAAAUACCGUGGCUUCUUCCAUGGUGUGAGGGAGAUUGUUCGGGAGCAGGGGCUAAAGGGGACCUACCAGGGCUUAACUGCGACCGUCCUCAAGCAAGGAUCGAACCAGGCCAUUCGUUUCUUCGUCAUGACAUCCCUCAAGAACUGGUACAAAGGGGAUAAUCCCAACAAGGUCAUCAACCCCUUCAUCACAGGGAUCUUCGGAGCCCUUGCAGGAGCUGCAAGUGUCUUUGGCAACACCCCCUUGGAUGUGGUGAAAACCAGGAUGCAGGGGCUCGAAGCACACAAGUACAAGAGCACCUGGGACUGUGCCUACCAGAUCAUGAAAUAUGAAGGGCCGCUGGCGUUCUACAAGGGCACGGUGCCUCGCCUGGGCCGCGUCUGCCUCGACGUGGCCAUCGUCUUCGUCAUCUACGACGAAGUCGUCAAGUUCCUCAACAAGGUGUGGAAAACCGAUUGAGCACGGCCCGGGCCGGGGCCCCCGUGCCGCCUCCACCGCCGCGAGGCAACAGCUGGAAAAAGAUGACCAACCCCGGAGGAACCGCACGGACCUUCCCCCCAGGAGCUGCCAAGGGUCCAAGUCUCCCACUACGCAAACGCAGGCUGGGAAAGCCCCCUCCAGCCCCCUCCCCUCACAAACCCCAUGGUCUUUAUUUAUAGGAAGGAGCUGUGCAGCAGUUUAAAUUAUUAGUUGUGUGAUAAAAUGAUGGAGACGGAGGAGAAGCUGUCUGCGAGCGCCCCAGCAGCCGGGGCUGCCGGGAGUCGCUGCGUGUCCCCGAGGAGGGCUCAGCCCGGGCGCCCCGGGAAGGCUGAGCCCAGCGCUGCCUCUCCUGCCUCCGCGAGAGCCAGCUGGGGAGGGCGAGGCGGCCCGGGGGCCCGGCAGCGCCCGCGGUCCCCGGCAGCGAGGAGCUCGAGGGGUCACCCGGGAGCGCAGCUCCUCGCUGCCCUGGGACCCCCGGUGUUUUUGGGGUGGCCGGAGAGGCCUCCCGUGAGCUGCCGUGGGGCAACGUGUCCCGCGCCUGCAGCAGGGGCGCCCCAGCUGGCGGAGGCGCUCGGGGCUGGCGCCGUGGGCCGGGGGCGAAGCGUCCGGCCUUGCGGCAGCUCCGGGCCGCGUUGGGCUCGCGAGCCCCGCGCGGCCCACGGGAAGGGGGCGGGCAGCCCCCACGGCCACCCAGGGCUCCCGGGGCAGCGGCCUCCUUCCCCCGCCGCGCCGGCACCGCGGACGCCUUGGGGCGCCGCUGCCCGCGCUCUGCCCGCCGCGGGCUGCUGAGCGGCUGCUGCCCCAAAUUGCCUGGGCCCUUCUUAGUUUUCCUUCCUGAGGAGAUGGGUGUGGGGGGAGCUUGGCCCCCGCCGGGCCGCCGCGGCGCUCGAUGUUUACAGUUGCACCGCUCGAGGGACGCGGGCGAGGAGGCGCGCGGCGCCUCUCGGAGCUGGGCCCCGGCGCCCCUGGGCCGGAGCCGUCCUCCGCCCGGCCUUCCUUCUGCACAUUCCCCGCUUCCCCGCCGUCCCCUCCGCCGCGGGGCUUCCCGGCGGCUCACCGAGCCUUACGCUGAGCUGGCACCGCGCGCGCUGCGGCUGGCGGGACCGGAGCCCUGCCGCUGCCCUGCGCUGGAGCUCGGCCGCUCCCGACUCGUGCCAAAACUUCCCGCGGGAGGAGGAGGCGGCGCUGGGGAGCCGGAGCCUGGGACUGGACCUUUACCGGUAGCAAAUGCAGCCUUAACACUAGUGUAUGGGAGGGCAACGGAGGAAACAGGAAAGCCUAGGAGGAGGUUUACCUUUGGGCUUUCCGCUCUUAAGCCAGUGAAUGAAGGUUGUUGGUGGUUUUGUUUUUGUUUUUUUAAUUCUGUUUUACAUUUGCAACUUGAAUAAAAUCAAUCUGGCUUCA